GCUUCUGUCGUCUUGCUCAAAACAAAAUCGUAAAAGGAACAACAAAGCCCAUUCACGGUCAAAGUCUUUCCACAAAGUUCGUGGUCGUUUCACAUCCUUCUGUCUGCCUUUUGCUGUCGCUGGUAGGCUCAACCAGCACGACGCGCGUGGUGCCCGGACAAAAUGUAUCAACCGUAUCUGCAGCAAGCCGUACAAUCCCUGCAGACACUUAGCUCGGACGAGCUGAGGCAGCUGCUGGAGGACGACGAGAAGCUAGACGAGCGUGUAAAUGAAGCGGUCCAAUCGUUGGAAUCGUCGAAGGAUUUGAUUAUUGGCGAAAACCGUAGUCUAGCAGAGACAAACUUGAAUUUUGAACCAAAGAUGGUCGAGCUGCGUUCACGCGUGCAGGAGCUGGCCGAGGAAUGUCGCACAUUGGGCGAAUCGGUGAAGGAGAAGUCCACACAGCUCGCUUCAAAGUCCGAAAAGAACAAUGCUGAAACGGUGCUCGCUCUACUGCAGACAGCAGCGGCGGAAAGCGAAGAGGAGUCGGAAAAGAUCGUGAAACAGCUGCUCGAUAGCGAGCUGACAGUCGACGCGUAUGUGGAGCAGUUUAUGAGCAUUCGUAAGCUGAUGCACAGCAGAAAGCUGAAGGCGGAGAAGAUGACGGAAUUGCUGCGAAGCAACAGACACACCACUCAAAGAUUUGAUGCGGGAUACGGUCCCUCCUCGAUGCCAUACCCAGCGUCGGAGCCUGCCCGUCCCGGUAGUUUCUACGUACCGCCGGGCAUGGCGGCUCCCAGCACCGCGGUGCCCUAUCCGGUGGGGCCAUCCUCGAUGCCGAUGCCGAUGGCAAUGUUUCGACCUCCCCAAUUCUAAGGCAAAGUACGAUGUGGAUGUGGAUGUGUGUAUGCCUUUACUACAGAGAAACUGCCUCCACCGCGAUGGGUGCAGUAAAAACUUCGUUGGCUCAACUGGACGAGCACGUCUGUUGCCGCGGGGCUGGUGAGCCAUCGAACAAAAUGCUUUACAGAUUGUUCUAAACGCUCAACGAAGAUUAGGGCCAUACAAGCUAGGUACGGAUAGGUUUCCACUGUGACACUGCAGAGUUUAAUUUGUUAAGUUAAAACGAUAGAAAUGUGCAGAUAUGACCGAUUUGAAGCGAACGUUUGAGCGCCUGCCAAACAGGCUGACCUUUGUGUGCGUAAAAUAAAUAUAUAUACUACAAAGUUUAA